ACUUUGCGGUGUCUUUGAGAACUGCAGCAGCACACACAGCAGAGAGGGCGCGCUCCGAUCGGUGAAACUUGCAGCGAAACUUCUUGAAUUCCUAAGUCGAAAUGGCACCUCCCGCAUAUUCUGACCUUGGCAAACAAGCCCGUGAUAUCUUCUCGAAGAACUAUCUCUUCGGUGUGGUGAAACUUGAGAGCAAGACCAAGUCUCGCUCUGGCAUCGAGUUCACCGCUGGUGGAACUUCGCUCAACGAUACUGGCAAAAUCGACGGCUUCCUCGACGUCAAGUAUAAGAUCACCGAGCACGGUAUCACCCUCAAGGAGAAAUGGACAACCGACAACAACUUGAGCACCGAGAUCACCGCUGAAGAUUGCAUCACCAAAGGACUCAAGCUCUCGGCCAAUGUCAACUUCGCCCCUCAGACUGGCAAGAAAAAUGCUGUCGCAUCCGCUGGAUUCAAGGGAGAAUGCGUCAACUCUACAGCCGACGUCGACUACAAUGGCGGCUCGCCUCUGGUCAACGCUACAACCGUACUCGCGCAUCAGGGUUGGCUCGCUGGUUGUCAGCUUGGCUUCGAUACGUCCAAGAAGAACCUGACGAAGGUCAACUUCGCCGUAGGAUACUCCAACGACGAUGUCGUACUCCACUCGAAUGUCAACGACGGCAAAGUCUUCGGGGCUUCCGUCUACCACAAAGUGCGUCCCGAUCUUGCGGCCGGUUUCUCUAUCAACUGGAACCAAGGAAACCAAGCUGCCCAGUUCGGCGUCGGCGGCGUGUACACUGUCGACAGGGAUACCUCUCUCCGCGCGAAGAUCAACAACCAGGGCUCUCUCGGUCUCGGACUCACACAUCGUCUCCGCGAUGGUGUCGAGGUCACGCUUUCGUCGAACGUUGACGUUAAGAACUUCAAUCAAGGAGGUCACAAGCUCGGUUGCGGACUCAAUCUCGAGGGUUAACUGCUUGGGCACUAUCCACUGAAAAGUUUCCACUUCCUUGUGUCCGAAGUGUGACCUGAGAGUAAAAUGUAUUUUGAAACAACAGCUGUUGAGGGUGUGAGACUGAAGAAUGUUUAGCCAUAGGAACGCAAAGCAAACCCGAUCAGGAAGGAAGUUGCACUCGAACGGUGGAAGAGAAAUAGAGUUCAUAGACCGAUGUCUGUUGAAGUGAAAUUUCGAAUGCUUUCGCUGCGGAAACCAAAGCAGGAAACAGUUGGUUCAUCAUUUGUGUACCGUCUCGCUUCUAAGAAUUAGUCGGACGAUACCUCGAUAUAAUGAAUAAAUCAUUCUCCUCGUAGUAUUCCUCACCACCAAAUC